CACUAAACCUACCACGAGCGGUCAAAUGACCGUUUUCAAAUUUUCUUUAAAAUUUUCUAAGCACCACGUUAUUAUACCGCCAUUAAACUUCAUGACUUUUCCUAAAAUAUGCAUACAAUUGUUUUUUUAAUAUUUACUACUUUUUCGAUUCUUUGAUUUUUGAGAUAACUAUGUAGACCGUUUUAACUACCACGAGCGGUCAUUUGACCGACUGAACGAUUUAUAUGUUUUUGUAAUAGAAUACUCUCGAAAACUCAAAUCUGAAAUUAAAAAAUAGAUACUGUUAACGAUUCAUCAUAAGUUCCAUUAACUUGAGAGAUUUAUGCUAUACAAUUUGGCAGCACCAUUCUCUAGGUGCAAUCUGGCAUCAUCAUUAUCAGCUGACGCACUUUAGCUUCGGCAUUUUUACCGUUGUUUGGGUCAGACCAUUGUGAAGCACACAAGAACAACAGGAAUCACCAUUAUCAGGUGAUGCGUUUGGCUUUGGCAUAUCAUACCAUUCUACUGUUGUUUAGUCAGGCCAUUUUGCCGUAUGCAAUAACAACUUUGUUAUUUUCGUCAGUUCUCUUACAUACUAAUUUUCUAUAUAAGCAUAAGUUAGCAUAAGAUUGAGUUCAGUUGUUUGUAAAAGGAUUUGGAUGGUACUUGGAGCGUACCAAAGAAAUAGUGGAAAUAGUGAUGUUAUAAAUUACUCUUUCAACGAACCACAUUUUUUAGUUUUUAUUUCAUUAUUUGUGUGCAUCUAUAUCAGCCUAAAAAUGUCAAGGCAUUCGAUAAAUAUCAAAUUAUUAGAGAAUAUAAAUAAUAUUGACGAAGAGUGUUCGGAAGAUGAACGGGAAUUUUCUGAUAAUGAAGAUGACAAAGAGGAAAAUGAUUUUGAUUUAUUUGGCAACGACUCUGACACCGAUAGUGACCAAGAAAACAUUUUGAACAUACGUAGAAGACAAAAGAGAAGGAUAUUUGUAAUUAGUUCCGAAAGUGAGAAUGAAGAAGAGCUAACCGAAACUGCUAUAGACGGAACUGAAUGGCAAGAAAUAAAAGAAGGGUCUAAUCCUGGAAGAACAGAGAUGCAUAAUAUUUUUAGAGAAACAUCAGGCCCAACCGGGCAUUCUGAACGAACUAUUAUGAAAGAUAAAUUUUUUACAGCAUUUUCUCUUAUUGUUGACCAUAAUACAAUCGAACAUAUAAGAAACUGCACGGAAGCCGAGGCAUUUCGAGUGUUGGGAACUAAAUGGAAUCUAUCUACUGCAAAAUUAUAUGCAUUUAUCGGAUUAUUGUAUGCACGAGGUGCAUAUGAGGCAAGAAAUUUAGAUAUUUCACUCCUAUGGAACAAAAAAUGGGGACCAGCAUUUUUCUCAAAUACUAUGAGCAGAAAUGCAUUUACGGAAAUUAUGAGGUUUAUUCGGUUUGAUCAAAGAAAUCAAAGAAGUCAUCGCUUACAAACCGAUAAAUUCGCUUUGAUUUCUAAAGUUUGGAACAAAUUCGUAGAGAAUAGCCAAAACUGUUAUAAACCAGGAGCAUAUAUUACUAUAGAUGAACAAUUGUUUCCAACAAAGUCAAGAUGCAGAUUUACCCAGUACAUGCCAAAUAAACCCGACAAAUUUGGCAUCAAAUUCUGGCUAGCGUCCGAUGUAAAUAGCAAAUAUAUAAUAAACGGCUUUCCUUAUUUGGGAAAAGAUGAAAGCAGAGAUCCUUCAGUUCCCCUUGGGGAGUUUGUCGCUCUGAAAUUAGUAGAACCGUAUACAGGUCGGGGAAGAAAUAUAACCAUGGACAAUUUUUUUACAAGCAUUUCGAUAGCGACUAAACUUUUUAGAAAAAAAAACUACGGUUGUUGGAACAAUUCGAGCAAAUAAAAGAGAGUUACCAAAAUUGGCAAAACAGAAAAAAGACAAUAUGACACGUUUCUCAACAAAAUUAUAUCGGACAAAUAAUUGUACUCUGACAGUUUAUAAGGCUAAACAAAAUAAAAAGGUAUUGAUUCUUAGCUCAAUGCAUAAUUCGGUGAAAAUUGAAAAAAAUGAUGCCUGUAUACCCGAGACAAUAAGAUUAUAUAAUAACAGCAAAUUCGGUGUAGAUGUUACAGACCAAAUGGCCAGAAAAUACUCUGUAAAAUAUAAAUCUCGGAGAUGGCCACUACAAGUAUUUUUCAAUAUCCUAGACUUAGCCGGGAUAAAUGCAUGGAUAUUAUAUAAAGAAACAACGGGAAGUCUAAUAUCAAGGCAAAACUUUUUAUUUCAAUUGGGAGAAGAACUUAUAAGCGAAUAUCAAAAAGAGCAACAGCCAGGCAAGGAAGAAGAGCCAGCAAAAGCAGCCAGAAACAUUAGUGCACAAACAAGUGAUCGGAAAACAUGUCAGAUAAGAUAUUGCAAAAAAAAUAAGACAAACAAAUUCUGUCUAAAAUGUAAAAAGUACGUAUGCGGCAAAUGUGCGAUUGAGAAGCCUAUAAUUUGUAAAAAGUGUUGUAUAUAAGGAAUAAAAUGUAGAUGAUUUAUUUUUAAAUAAAAGAAACUAUAUUUUUAAUUAUGAAAUAAUUAUUUUCUUCAUUUUAUAUUAAGAGAUAUAAGUAAUUUCAAAAUCCGUCAUUUGACCGCUCAUGGUAGGAAUAGUUAUACAUGCAAUGCUGGUAGGU